GUAACCUGUGCAGAACACAUCUCUGAAGUACAGGAUUCAAGAGUGGAGAAGAUUCAUUCAACCAUGAUGAAUGCGGAUAUGGAUGCUGUUGAGGCUGAAAAUCAAGUGGAAUUGGAAGAGAAAACGCGGCUUAUUAAUCAGGUUUUGGAACUGCAACAUACACUUGAAGAUCUGUCUGCCAGAGUCGAUGCUGUUAAAGAAGAAAACCUGAAACUGAAAUCAGAGAAUCAAGUUCUUGGACAAUAUAUAGAAAAUCUUAUGUCUGCCUCUAGUGUUUUUCAGACUACUGACACAAAAAGCAAACGGAAGUAAGGCAUGGAUAACCAAAUUGUAACAUUGUAUUGCUGCUGCUUUUGUUUUGUUUUGAAUUGCAUCGGCUACAUGAGUUAAUACCCUAGUUUGUAGCAUCAUUGAAUAUUGAAAGAUGUAAUGGCAGUUCUAGACAGUUAAGGUCAUCAUGAACAACUGGACUGUGCAAGUAUGUAGUAUUAGCUUUUGGCAAUGUGCAAAGAUAGUGUAGAGGAAAAUAUUUAUUUUACAGUUCGAAGAUGAGUGCUUUUGAAAUUGAACUAUGCUUUUGUGUUAAGCAAACAUGUUAUACUGACAACUACUUUAAAUAUCUCAAUUUUUACUGUGGUACUAUUCACUAGCAAACAGAGUGUUGUGUAGAGUGGUGUGAACAUUCUUGUUUGGAAUGAGCUAUUUGCAUGACUUUCCCUUGGCUCCAAAACAAAGGUUAAACCAAACAAAAG